CGCGGAGCGCGGGGCCCUGGACGCGCCACCAUGGACUUGGGGUUGGCUGGCCGCUGCGCACUGGUCACCGGCGCCGGCAAAGGUGGGUCGGGGGCGCGCGUGGUGGCCGUGAGCCGUACACAGGCCGACCUGGACAGUCUAGUUGGCGAGUGUCCCGGGGUAGAGGCUGUGUGCCUGGACCUGCACGACUGGGAAGCCACAGAGCGAGCACUGAGCCGCGUGGGCCCCGUGGACCUGUUGGUGAACAAUGCCGCCGUGGCACUGCUGCAGCCUUUCCUGGAGGUGACCAAGGAAGCGUGUGACAUGUCUUUCGAUGUGAACCUGCGGGCUGUCAUCCAGGUGUCCCAGAUUGUGGCCAGGGGCAUGAUAGCCCGGGGAGUGCCAGGGGCCAUUGUGAACGUCUCCAGCCAGUCCUCCCAGCGCGCACUCGCCAACCACAGUGUCUACUGCUCCACCAAGGGUGCCCUGGACAUGCUGACCAAGGUGAUGGCUCUGGAACUCGGGCCCCACAAGAUCCGUGUGAAUGCAGUAAACCCCACAGUUGUGAUGACGCCCAUGGGCAAGUCCAACUGGAGUGACCCCCACAAGGCCAGGGUCGUUCUGGACCGCAUCCCACUUGGCAGGUUUGCUGAGGUGGAGAAUGUGGUGGAUGCCAUCCUCUUCCUGCUGAGUGACAGAAGUGGCAUGACUACAGGGUCCACUCUGCCAGUGGAUGGUGGUUUCCUGGCCACCUGAGCAGCCUCCAGCCACACACAAUUCCGCCCCAAGCUGAGCCCACCGGCACUCUUACCCCUCAAUAAACUUGACUUUUCUGCCCA